AAUAAAAAAACAAACAAAAGUCCCUUAAAAACGAACUAAUAAACAUUACUCAUCUUAAAAUUGCAAGAUAAUUGGAUAGUAAAUCUUGAAAACAGCGAGUUACAGGCUACAAUACUUGGAGCAAGUUACAUAGAGCUGUGGAAGAGCAGUCAAUUACCAAGCUGGCCGCACUUUUUUGCACUUAUUACUGCGCAGUCACAAUCGCGAAAUGCACGAAUUGCACAAAGAACAUCAAUAUUUGUAAAUCGAAUUAGCGAGAACUGCACCCAGGAUGGAUGCUUUCCGCCGCAGAAUGGAACCUCGUCAUUACGUGUCGCUGACCUUUGCGCUCAUCGGCACCUUCAACGUUCUGAUAGUGAAGUGGGCCAAUCAACAGCAGGUGAUUGGCAGCGAUGGAAAACUGCACGGAUUCCAGCAUCCGGUGGUCUUCACCCUACUCAUGUUUCUCGGCGAGUUCCUGUGUUUCGUGGUUUUCAAGCUGAUCCGCCUGAUCUCCAAUCGUCGGGGAGCCAUCGCCGAUCUGGACAGGAUCCUGACUCAGGACAGCAGUGAGUUCAGCCCUUUGAGCAUGAUCCUGCCCACGGUGCUGGAUACGGCAGCCUCUAUUCUGCUGUUCACCGGACUUUACUUGACUUACGCCUCGAGUUUCCAGAUGAUAAGAGGCGCGGCUCUGAUUUUCGCGGGUAUCUUCAGUACCAUGUUUUUGAACCACUCGCUUACCGGACGCCACUGGCUGGCUUUCUUCAUCAUUUCCUGCGGCCUGUUGGGCAUCGUCGGUCAAGACGUUCAGCGCGUUAGCUACGACCAGGUCACAUUGCCGUACACGGACCGUCAAGCCAUCUUGACCGGCGACUUGCUCAUUAUCAUUGCCGAAAUUUUGCACGGUCUGCAGUAUGUCUACGAGGAGAAGCAGCUCAAGACCUCGAAUGUGACACCUUUGCAAGCUGCCGGCUGGCAGGGAAUUUUCGGGUUAGCCAUCACCUCGAUUUUGGCCAUUUGCAUGCACUUCUUGCCAACCGUGAGUCCCUUUACCGAGAGCUCGCGAGCUGUCUUCGACGAUUGGAGUGAUCUGCUUGAGGGUCUGAAGGAGAAUCCCUCUUUGAUUAUGGCUCUGAUUGCCUUCGCCGUCUCGUGUGCCCUGUACAACUUUAUUGGCCUAUUAAUUGCGAUGAACUCGUCCAGCACCACGCGCAUAUUGGCCGAUGGUAUACGCGUGUACUUUAUCUGGGUGUUCGUAAUCAACAUGGACUGGGAGAUCUUGAAUUGGGUCACGAUCGUGGGCUUCCUCAUCGUGCAAAUGGGCAGCAUUCACUACCGGAAGGGCCUUUUCCUUGGCGUAGACUUGAAUUCGGAGAACGAAGAUGUUCCAAACAGCCGGCCCGCGGAUGUAAUCUAAGGAAACUGAGGGAUUUGUGGAGUGAAAAGAGUUCUGACAUCCGUUCAAGGUGGAUUGUGAUAAGAGAGAUGGGCUGCAAGCCAACCCUAGGCUGAUUCUUGAAAAUUACUUAUCGAUUGUAAAAGUUUAACAUGUAGCACCAUUAAGCAAAUACACACGAAAUGUUAAAUGA